AUGGUUCACAAAGUCCUCUUCUGGAGCGGAUUCGGCAUUGCCGUCCGUCUCUGGCAACUCGGCAUCGAAAUGCGUCCCCUCCUCGGCAAAGACUCGCUCUGGGCGUACCCGCUCUUUGCCGGCGUUGGCGGAAGUUUUGGAUACUGGAUGCAGGGCGUGGAAAACAGACAACUCAAGAUGCUCGCUGAUCGCCGCGAGGCUAUUCUCGAGAAGCGGCGGAAGCGGGAUGAGCGAGAAGCUCUGUUGAGUAAGAGCGAAGAAGCGGGUGUGUUGGCUGCGACGUCAUGA